GCAAUCCUGGAUCAAAUAUGCAAACUAUUAUUUCGGACUGCCCGUGACAUGCCCGUCCAGCUGGAGACGGGCGGGCGUUGUCGAGGCGAUUGCAUCUGUCUUCUCUGUCGCGAGCUGAGAAGCUGCAAGAUGAAUAGUUCGGGGAUCACGGAUCACGGCGACACCGCGAACUUCAUCCUUCGCCGGGCGCCGCCGUUCGCCGAAGCUGUUCUUCCCUCAAGGACGUCUCUCUGGCGUCAGAGCCAGGGCGAGGAUCAUGGGAAGAUCGUUGCCGCCGGUCAGAGGGUCCAGGUCAGCGUUGGUGAGCCCGUUAGGAAACCGGAACCGCCGGUCAAGCCUCCGCGGCGCGACGUCAACCCCGGGGGAAACGGAGCCGAACACCGACACAGAACCGUCGUUUAUUUUGGAGACACCAACAGGGUGCAGCAAAAGAAGGAUAACAAUCGCCUGCCGCGGCCCGACUUCAUUGCCGAGCUGAAGAAGGUUCAGCACGAGAUAAACGCCGGCGACGAGGAGUCGGCGACUAAAUUGACCGACUGCUUUGCUCCUUCACCGGCCGCCGAUUCUCGCCCCGAGCUCAAUGAGAAUCCUGAGAAUCGCUCUUCCGAUGAGGCCCCGGCUAACGGGCGUGAGAACCACUUUGCUAGGAUACAGGUGAAGGCUGGGACCACUUUGGACGCACCGAACGAAAUUGUCCUCAACCUCAGCCCCAGCAGGGCCGACGUACUUCGCAUCGAGGAGGACCAGAGCUCCCUUGAGGACUACUGGUCUCUGCCUGGAGACACGACCGGAUUCAAGGCCGACUGGAGUUUCGUUCAGCAGUGGCGACUUAGAGGACCCGCUGGGGGUGGAGGCAGGGAAUUGUACACUGCUCCCUAUGCGAAGGAAUCGCCAGAUUCUCCUCAGCAAACAGGGACGCACAAUAUGGUCCACAUGGUUGCUGAACGAGACACAGACAGCGUGGCACCGACGCCGACGCCCCAUCAUCCCCAUCACUCUCAGCAUCAUCAUCUCAGUCUCCAUGAACUCCGCGUUCUUCAGCGGAGACCAGAAUGCACGGGUAACAGUUCUUCGGAUGAGAAUCGAUCCUCUGGACACGCUAGCAUGUCGGACACCGGAGGUCACACUAGCAGCAGUUCGCCCCCUCACCGUCACCACAGAGUUCACAGUCCACAAGCCUUGAAAGUAGUUCCAGAAGAUGACCGUUUGUCAGCAUCGGUAACCCAGCGUAAUGCCAGGAUGAGAUCGGGCCAAAAUCGUAAUCGGCACAGAGCUACUCCUGCAAAGCUACAGGUGCCGUGGUCAGGAUCCGGGCUCGAGGACAUAAAGCUGGCUAUUCAGCAGCUGACGAUGCGUUCUCACACCUCGACCUCGACGUAUUCGUCGUUGAGCGGUUCCGAGAGUUCGGAGCCUGCCGUAAGACGGCUUAUGCGUCACUCAAGCCUCGAAACCAUCAACACCAACGUUACCAGUGCCGAUGAAUUCGUGUGGGUCGACUCCCAUAACAGGCUUGUUGAACUGCAGCAGCUCCCUUGGACCCAUCACGACGUCCUCAGGGUCCUGCAGAAUGGACGUACCAGGGAACACAUGGAGCGUGUGUCCAUGGAAACAAUACCGCGAUUAUCGUACCUCCUUCAAAGAGCUCUCGUAAGAGUCGGCAGAGAGACGCAGAGGCUUGCCAAACCUCUUGGUCUUUGCAGCAAGCACGAAGUUUACAGUGCCUUUAAAAUUGUUCUUUGUCCAGCCUUGGCUGAUUCUUGUACAAAGGCUUGCUUGCGAGCAGCAGCCAUGUUCGCUGUGUCCGGGGACCAGCUGAAACAGUCCAAAGGAUCACGAGCAGGCCUUCAACUACCGGUCGGCCGUUUUCUCAGAUGGAUGUCAGACGUGAAAUUAGGAAAAAUGGUGCACGAGUAUGCAGCGGUAUAUUUAGCUGCAGGAAUAGAAAAUCUUUUAGAGGAGAUUUUGCUACAGUGCAUUCCUACGGAGCCUCACACAACCCUGACCGCUACUAUGCUGGAACACGCGAUAGCCAACAACGGUGACUUGUGGGGGCUACUGCAGCCUUACGCGCACUUGAAUGCGGGCCGAAUCGCAUCUGGCGCACUCGCGAUGCCUCGAUGGGCCAGCGUCAGUUCCCUCGGUUCAACUUCAUCGUCACGCAGCGGGCGAGAGGCUGCUGGUUCCACCCUUGAACCUUCGCUGCUGACGACUUGCGUAGGCUCCAUAUCUGAGCUUACUGAUCUAAUAUCCAAAGUAGCACAGUCUGGACGUUGCCCAGUGCCUUUGACGCCCAGGGCUCUCAACGCGCUCUUUUACUACAUGAGAUGCUCUCAGCUAGAGCACGGCGAGAGAGGUUCAGGUAUCCAGGAACUCGCCUAUGAACGAGCGUACGUCGUUCUCCCACCGUUAGUUGAGUGGUUGAGGGUGGCUACAGCUCAUGCCGAGCAUCGGCACGGCAGUAUUUUGGACGAUGAUGACAUUGGCCAGGCAGCCAGGCUACUAUUACCCGGUGUAGAUUGUCCGGUUAGACACAUUUGUUCGGAAGAAGUCACUCUCUGCUCAAGGCGGAUAGACGAUGCCGAAUACACGAGACGUCUGACGAUGGAAAUGGCGUUCAAAAUGCUGAGCAGUUCUCGACCGGAAUUAAUAUCUCAAGCAGUCCCUUUGCUCCCAUCGACGAAACUGAACACAGUAAACGACAAUGGUUAUACCGCCUUGAUGUUGGCCUGUAUAAACGAUGACGAGUGCGCGGUUGCUGCAUUGCUCGAUGCCGGGGCCGAUUUAAACGUCGAGAGUCCCGCUCCGCUGUCGAGUCAAGUGGCGGGAAGUCCGGCAAAAAAUGUGCUGGUUUCGGGGGGGCCGAAAAAUUCUCCAUCUCCAAAAAAUUUAGGAGGCCAACUUGUUGCAGCCUCGACAAAAAGCGCGAACAAUUUAAAUAUAUCGAAUUCGUCAGGCAGCAGCGGAUCCAACAUCUGCUGUGUCCAAAAUGGAUUCAAUGCAGAAACGCAGCAUUGGACCGCUCUCACGUACACAGCUUUGUUGGGUAAUUGCACGAUUGCAAGAAUGUUGCUUGAGAGGGGCGCCGCUGUUGAAGGAGGUGCUAAACUCAGCGAGGAUAAGUGCACUGUUACGCCUCUCCAAGUGGCUACCGCUGCUGGUAAUCAUGAAAUGGUUGCACUGCUCCUGGCUCAUGGUGCCCAACCGUUUUUAUCCACUCUGAUAAAGGAUACUUUCUGCUAUUCUAGUUCAGCACAAAGAGGAUGUUACAGCGCCAUAUCGGUGGCAGCGGCACACGGCCAGAGAGCCACUCUGCAUCAGCUGUUAUCCCAUCCAUUAACUACUUCUUCGAGACGUGGUGAAAAGGAAGUUUUAUCCCUAGAAGAGAUACUUGCCGAAGGAAACGCCGGCGUUCAACAACAGCAUACGGCUGAAGGACGAGGAGGAAGAAGUCGCGAUGAGAGAGAUCCCGUAUUUAGUAAAUCACAAACUAAGACGCUGCAGGAAGCCAUGUAUCACAGUGCCGAGAGUAAUCACCUGGACAUAACGAUGGAGCUACGUGGUCUCGGAGUAGGUUGGACCCUCCAUUGCUGGAUGCAUACUUUAUCUACUGCACAUGAAAUGCGACUGGACUCUGUUAUAGACCAACUGCUGCAGGACUUUCUUCAAGUCUGCCCUGAAGAUUAUUCGACACAAUUUGGCCAGGAGUGUCUUCCACUUUUGUUUAAUAUUUUCAGGUACAGCAAGAAAGAAGGAACAACUCUUCUGCUAGCUGAUAUAUUCUGUACUUGCUUUGGAUGGGAGCCGAUUAAGCCGAUAAGAGAUACCACGUUGUCGAGUGGUUCCAGAAUUGAUCCGAAAUUCGUUAAUAACCCAGAGUUGAGCGACGUUCAGUUCAGAGUUGAAGGGAGAGUAUUUUAUGGGCACAAAAUUGUCCUCGUCACUUCUUCGCCAAGGUUUAGAAACAUGCUUAGUUCAAAAUUGUGCGAAGGGAAUCCGCCAAUUGUGCAAAUAAAUGAUAUACGGUAUCAUAUCUUUCAGAUGGUUAUGGAAUUUUUGUAUCACGGGGGUUGCACGACAUUGGAAGUCAAUCAAAGUGAUGUUUUGGAACUUAUGGCUGCUGCGAAUUUUUUUCAACUGGAUGGCUUAUUGAGAUAUUGCGAGGCGCAAUGCUCUGCGAUGGUUGAUCUGGACAAUAUAGUUUCCAUGUACAUUCACGCUAAGGUUUAUAACGCGGUUCAGUUAUUGGAAUACUGUCAAGGAUUUUUACUGCAAAAUAUGGUAGCUCUUUUAACGUAUGAUGACUCUGUGAAACGACUUUUGUUCGCCAAAAAAUUGCCGAAUCACGACGUGCUAGCAGGUCUCCUGCUCACCUUGCAGGCGCGAAUAAAAGCGAGAAAACCUCAACAGCCGACUAAUAUUAACGCUUAGUUGCGCAUUGAAUGAAACAUUGUACAAUAUUUAUGCCUUGUGUAAACUCGAAGCCGGGCAACUCUUCAACUAUACGAUAGUUAUGCAUAUACGCCGGGCCUUUGCCAAAUAUGACAAUUAUUAUCCCCAGUGUAGGUGUAAACAAUGACAUAUCUUGUAACGAUUGAAUUCGACGUACUCUCCAAUCUUAUAAAAUCCUUAUCUUUUGAAGAUGACAAAAAUUGGAGCGCAACUUUAACGUCGCUAAGAAAAUGGAACCGUUGACUGCAUUGAACACAUGACUGCUCUAUUAUCUAAUCCUGAUUAGAACUGUAUAUUUUUUUUUAUAACAAUCAAAUUUAUUUAUAUACUUAUGUAUAAAUUUAUGUUGUAAAAACUUUUCUUGCCUUAGAUCGUAGUUUCGUAUUGUACUUCAUUUACAUAAAUAACGCGAACAUACCUGUUAUAGGUUGUAGGAAUCGUUUUGUGAUACGCGACAUUUGAUAUUCGGUGUUUACGUUUUCCCUGUUGAAUUAAAAUUUGUUGAAUCCGUCUGCCAGAAUAACACGAUACUGAAUAUAUGAAUUAUUCGAAAGAAAACUUGACAUAAAUAGAUGGAUUGAUUUAGUUUUUUUUCUAUCAUUUACCAUGUCGUAUAUGAACUUUGUGUAUAGAUAACGUAUUUUCAAAACUUUGUUGACUACAAAGCAAA